AUGCCCAACCAAUACAGCCUUACCAUUAAAAACCAGACCGGCGGUUUCCAGGACUAUGCCUUCUUUUCGGCUCCCCCAGUCGUCUCGGGGGCCAUGUCCGGCGAAAUCUGGAGCAACGUCCUAAAGUCCUCCCCUAGCACGGCCAGUGGCGGUCGGGCAACACUUGAUGUCUGGCCCAACUACUUCGCUAUCUGCGGCAGAUACGACGGAAAGCCUGAGCAGGGUGUUCGUGUUUCAGUCAGCAAGUCGGUGCCUAUCAACCUUGGGUCCAAGGUGGGCGACAAGGUUGUGAUGGGAAGCACCACUGCCCUUCACGUCAUUAACCGCGAGGCUCCCGACUUGGGCCCACCCACAAACCCGGGCGCUGGCAAGCUUGGGGCUUUCCAGUUGACAACCAGUCAAGGGGAGUUCACGAUCACCGAGGCAAAGAACAAACAUAUCAUGAUUGGAAUUGCCAAUUCGAAGAACGCGGACAUCUUUUCCGCCAUGGGGACCUUCACCCCGUACCCCAAUUCAUCCUACCAGAUCCAGCCUCAGAUGGUCUACCAUGUUGCCACUGGCGCUAGAUUCGAAGUUGGCGAAUUGGUCAAGGUGGAGCAGAUUGGAGCCACCAUGGCCGUCGACUUCAACCUCCGUGGAAGCAACAAUGUCGUGCUCAUCCACAACGAGAAUGGCGGUUUUGAGUUUGAGUGA